UAAAAUUUCAAGUAAAGAACAAUUAUACUUUGUUGGUCAUGCAAAUUUUUACGAAUCGAUUAUUGUAUAAUUAAUAGCUGGUUUAUUUUUUACUUACAAGAGUUCGAAUGUGUAAUAUGGUUUUGCAUUCAAACUUAUUUUAUUCUUGUUAAAAGUUCAUUCGUAAUAAUAAAAUAUUAGAACUAAUUAUAGUUAAGAUACUUUCAUUUUCAAUCAAUUAAAAAUACUCCAUAAAACGGUUACAAAUUAACAUGAAGGCUGAACUGAUAAAAUGAUAUAAGGAACAACACGUUAAACGCUUCAUGAUGAUUUUGUAAAAUCGAAGAGUGUAUCGAUUUAAAAGUACAACAUCGUAUUGUGUUUUCGUUGGUUCUCAGUGACAAUAAUGAGUUCAGAACUAAUUUUAGGUGUACGUUUAGAUCCUCAAACAUUCUCUACCAUUAAAUUAAACGAUAUUAAUUUCAAAACGAAAGUUGAAGAACUGAAAUACGAGACAGCUGGAAGAGUUAACCUAUCAAAAGAUUUAUUUGAAUUGAUUUACUGUGGGUGUGUUCUUGAAGAUGAUAUGACUCUAGAAUCAUAUGGUUUGAAAAAUGGCUCAAUGAUACAUGUUUUAAGAAAAAGAGAACCAGAACUGCCAUCGUUUCCUAAAUAUAUAUCAGAAGAUGCAAUUUUACAGCUAGUGUCUGCAUUUAAGUCUUUCAAAGAGAAUCCUGGACUUCGAAGUGCUUUAAAUCGCAUAGGUAAAAAACCAGAAGUUAUGGACAAUAUCAUCUCAUCUUCUCCUGGAUUGCAUGAAGAUACCGUAGCAAUUGCAAUUUUACAAGACCCUGAUUUGAUGUCAUAUUUCACAGAUGUAGAUACUGUCCGAAGAUUUGCAGAGGCACAUCCAGUCUUGGUGGAAGCUGCACAAAAUAUAGCUGCAGCUGUUCAUGCUGAAGCACAUAACAAUGUGACCCUUGGCUCCAAUUCUUCGUUGUCUAAUUCACAAUCUGCUGUUUAUUCUUAUACUUUAGACAAUUUAAGUGGCGAUGAAGAAAUGGCAGGAGAUUCUUCCCAAUCUUCAGAUUCUACACAAACACCAAAUUUAUCUUCUAAUCCAACAAAUUCUACGGUGACUGUUGCACAACUUGCAGUAGCAGUUUCUAGAGCAAGAGCUGGAAGUUUUCCACUCUCCAAUUCUCCUUCUUCCACUUCAGCUGGCAGCACGAAUUCUGGAAUAAUAACUACAGAAAUGUUUACACAAGCUAUGCAACAAGUUCAUUCACCAUCCGUUUUACCACGUUCUUCGGAUUUACGACGAAUGUUAGCGCAAAUGCAUGAAUUAGGACUCCAAAACGAUACAUUGAAUCUUCGAGCAUUACAUCUUACAAAUCAUGAUGUAAUAGCGGCGAUUGAACUUGUGUUCAGCGGAUUUAGCAAUAAUUAAGUUUAUAAAAUUAAAAUUUCUAGUGCUCUCAUUUGAACGUUACACACAAAAUAUAAUUGCAUGUAUCUACUUUUUAUGCAUCUUUUAAACGCGAAUCUUUUAUGCGAUUUAAAAAAUGAAAAUUUUUUUAAUUUCAAAAGAUCUUCAAUUAUUGUUAUUUCUUUGAUUUUGAAACAAUUUUAGAGUAACUGUUGGAAAAAUCUAAAUAAGCAAUAAAAUUAUAAGAGGAAACUUUUGCGUUAAAGUAAGAAAAAAAGCGUUAUGAUCUGUUUAUAUACUUUUGAUAAUAUUGAAUAAUUAUAUUUUAUACAAUUUUGUUAAUGUAUAUAAAACCAAUAAAUAUAAAAUAUAAAAAGGUAACAAAAUUGAAUAAUUAGU